UUCAUCGACUCCACAAUUCUAUUUCUCUCUUUCCUCCACUUUCCUUGUGCUUUUCCAUUUCUGCCAAACAGAGAAAACUAAACACAUUCCCAGUACUGUGAGAGAGAGAGAGAGGAUCAAUAAUGGGGAUUUCUCAUAGACUACUCUCGUUGUGUAUAUUGCUACUUUUUAUGUUGUUCGUUUAUGUCAGGGCCUCAGCAGAGAAAACAGAGCUGAACUCAAGGCUUGGUGAAGAAGAGAAGGUGCAGGGCAUGAAGAACUCAUCAAUGGCAGACGGGUUGGAUGAUGAGACAUGGAUAAAUGAGCACGCAGUUGAUAAUCCUGAGGAAAUUGCUUCUAUGGUUGAUAUGAGCAUAAGAAAUAGCACAGAAAGGAGAAAGUUGGGUUAUUUCUCAUGUGGAACAGGGAAUCCGAUUGAUGACUGCUGGCGCUGUGACCGGCGUUGGUAUCUUAGGCGAAAGCGCCUAGCAAACUGCGGCGUCGGCUUUGGACGCAAUGCUGUCGGUGGUCGUGAUGGAAAAUACUAUGUGGUAAGUAACCCUGGCGAUGAUGACCCUGUGAACCCCAAACCAGGCACCCUCCGCCAUGCUGUUAUCCAAGACAGGCCUCUCUGGAUUGUGUUCAAGCGUGACAUGGUGAUCACUUUGAAGCAGGAGCUCAUAAUGAACAGUUUUAAGACCAUUGAUGGUCGUGGUGCCAAUGUGCAUAUCGCUAAUGGGGCCUGCAUUACCAUCCAGUUUGUCACAAAUAUUAUCAUCCACGGAGUCCACAUCCAUGACUGCAAGCCCACCGGUAACGCCAUGGUUCGAAGCUCCCCAUCUCAUUAUGGAUGGAGGACAAUAGCUGAUGGGGAUGCCAUUUCGAUUUUUGGAUCAAGCCACAUCUGGAUUGACCACAAUUCACUGUCUAAUUGUGCUGAUGGACUUAUUGAUGCUAUAAUGGGUUCCACUGCAAUUACCAUCUCCAGCAAUUACUUCACCCACCACAAUGAGGUUAUGCUGUUGGGACAUAGUGACUCUUACGUAAGAGACAAGCAGAUGCAGGUGACCAUUGCUUAUAAUCAUUUUGGGGAGGGUCUUAUCCAGAGAAUGCCAAGGUGUAGACAUGGAUAUUUCCAUGUAGUGAACAAUGACUACACACACUGGGUAAUGUAUGCAAUCGGUGGAAGUGCUAAUCCCACCAUUAACAGCCAGGGAAACCGUUACCUUGCCCCUGCUAACGCCUUUGCUAAAGAGGUGACAAAGAGAGUGGCAACAUCAUCUAAUCAAUGGAGACAUUGGAAUUGGAGGUCAGAUGGAGACCUGUUGUUAAAUGGAGCGUAUUUCACUCCAUCAGGAGCAGGUGCAGCAGCCAGCUAUGCCAGGGCCUCUAGCUUAGGGGCCAAGUCCUCUUCCUUAGUUGGCAUCAUUACUUCAAAUGCAGGUGCUCUCACCUGUCGCCACGGCCGCAUGUGUUAAUUCUCAUUAGUCUCCGCCACACUCUCCACCCCAACCGACAAACCAAGGAAAAGACAAAAGCAAACAAAGAAGGAAAUGAAAAAUAACUCAUUUUUCUUCCCAUAUUAUCACUUAUAUAGCACUAGUAUUCAUUCCCAGCUGAGUUUAUAUUCUGCUCAAUCCCUUUGACAAGUGUACAAAAAUUUUUAGAAAAUUGUCCUAAUUCUCUCCCUCAUAUACAACAAUAUUUCACUUGUCAUAAAUGCAAUGGAUCGACCUCGGCCUCUUUUAAGGUGCCGUAGCGUUGUUCACUUCUAUUA